GGUGCAAAACUACUUGCGGAAAUUAAGCAUCAGUGACAUCGAUGAAGGUCUCAUGGGAGAGGUUUCAGAAACCGAAAAAUACCUCAUACAAACCCAUGAUCUUAUACAAACACGAGGAAAGCGUGGUGGCAUUGUACCAGUCUUAAUACCAGUUGAGUGCAAGGCAGUAAUGGAUUUUCUGGCUGAUGCAGAACUACGACAAAAACUUAAUAUCCAAACUUCUUACCUGUUUGCAUCUAACACUAAUGGAAAUCCAAUAAGAGCUUAUGAUAGCCUUCGGAAAAUGUGUGAGAGUGCAGGUCUUAGCAGACCUCAGGAUAUUACCUCUACUAAAAUGAGGAAGUACAUGGCCACCCUGGCUCAGGUCAUGAAUCUAUCAGACUCAGAACUCCACCAUAUGUGUCGUCAUCUGGGCCACUCAACUAAAGUACAUUUAAAUCAUUACCGCACAAUGAGUCCAUAUAUUGAAAGAGUGACAUUAGGAAAGGUUCUGAUGAUGCAGGACCUGAACAUCCAAUCCCAGUUUGUUGGGAAGUCAUUAGAUGAAGUUAAUUUCAGUGACAUCAUCUAUGAUAAAUCUGUUGGAGAUUCAAAUGCUGAAGUUCCUGAUACAGACAAUCAUGAAGUUCUUGAAAUGGACAAUAAUGAAAUGGCUGAGAUGAGCAAUGAUGAAAUAGAACUGUCUACUAGUGCACCAAAUUACACCAAUGACUUUGGUAUGAAGAAAACCCAUAGGAAAAAAGGCCAAAAAUCAACAAGGCAAAAGUGGUCUUCUAAAGAAAUUGAAGAAUUAGAAAAAUAUUUCUCAAAGCAUUUGCAACAAAAAAUUGCCCCAAGGAGACAUGACUGCUUAAGAGCAAAAGAAUUAAGCUAUAAGCAUGGUGGCGAGCUCCACAAGCGUUCUUGGAAUUUGAUUGUUAAAAAAAUAUCAAACAUGAACCAUUCAAAAAAAAAUUAACAUAAAUGUUCCACAGUUCUGUUUCCUACUUGAGUUUGUUUCUUUACAGAUUGUUAAUUUGUAAUUUGAUAAAAUACUUUAACCCCUCAUCCACCCAACUCUACAAAAAGGGGGUAAGGCAGACAGUCCGUUAUUAAUUUUCUUGUACUGACUGUGAAAAAAUAAUCAUCAACUUUUAUCCAGAUUGUAACAUUCCUGAAGGAACACCUUCUACAUAUUCAAGGAGUCCCUUCUAAAAUCUAGGAAUCCCUGAAUUUGGACUUCAUGAAAAUGACAUAAUGGUAAAAUGAUGAAUUAAACAUCAUGAUAAUGUUUUAGACCCAAUUUAUUUAAUAUAUUUUUUUCUACAACAAAGAAACAAGGAGUUUAUAUGAUUUUUGUUGUAAUAACUGAACAGUGUCAUACUUUGAACAUACAUGUACACUGCAAGUCAUACCUAUUGUAUCUCCUUCACAUUUUGACCAUUCAAAGUCCUUUUUCCACGACUCUUGGAAAGUUCUUUUUCUCUCUUUUUAGCUCGCCUGAGCAUGCUCAGGCAGAGCUAUUAGGAUCGAUCAUUGUCCGUCGUCCGUCCACACUUACCUCGUUAACACUCGAGAGGUUGCAUUUUUGUCUCAAUUCUCAUGAAACUUUGUCAGAAUGUUUGUCCUAAUGAUUUUGGACGAGUUCGAACAUGGGUCAUGGGGGUAAAAACUAGGUCGUAAUGCCCAAAUAGGGAAAAAAGCUUGUUAACACUCUAAAGGGUUGCAUUUUUGCCUCAGAUGUCAUGUAAUUUGGUCAGAAUGUUUGUCAUAUUGAUUUCUUGGACAAGUUCGAAGAUGGGUCAUCUUGGGUAAAAAACUAGGUCGCAAUGCCCAUAUAAGGAAAAAGCUUGAAAACACUCUAAAGGGUUGCAUUUUUGCCUCAGAUGUCAUGAAAAUUAGUAAGAAUUUUUCUUGUAUUUGUUCGAUCAUGGGUCAUCUGGGGUCAAAAACUAGGUCGCAAUGCCCAAUUAUGGAAAAAGCUUGUAAACACUAGAGGUUGCAUUUUUGCCUCAUAUGUCAUGAAAAUUUGUCAAAAUGUUUAUCUUAGUGAUUAUUUGGACAAGUUUGAACAUGGGUCAUCACGAGUCAAAAACUAGGUCGCAAUGCCCAUAUAUGGAAAAAUCUUGUAAACACUUUAGAGCUUGCAUUUUUGUCUCAAAUGUCAUGAAAAUUAGUAAGAAUGUUUGUCCUAAUGAUUUAUUUAACAAGUUUUAACAUGGGUCAUCUUGGAUCAAAAACUUGGUCGCAAUGCCCAAAUAUGGAAAAAGCUUGUUAACACUCUAGAAGUUUCAUAUUUGCCUCAAAUGUCAUGUAAUUUGGUCAGAAUGUUUGUCAUAUUGAUUUCUUGGACAAGUUUGAAGAUGGGUCAUCUUGGGUCAAAAACUAGGUCGCAAUGCCCAUAUUAGGAAAAAGCUUGAAAACACUCUAGAGAUUGCAUUUUUGCGUCAGAUGUCAUGAAAAUUGGUCAGAAUGUUUGAUUGAUUUCUUGAAAAAGUCUGAACAUGGGUCAUUUGAGGUCAAAAGGAGUUCACAAAGAUAAAAAAUUGAGCCUUUGAAUUUAUACUACAACUGAUGAUGCUGGCCGUAAAAUAUUAAAGGGCAUUGUUUGUAAACAAAAAUGGUUAUUAUUGGAAUCUAUUCAUUAUGAAAGUCAAUUCUUUUAAUCUGUUGAACAAAUUGAAAUUGUUCUGUGGAAACAAAAGCCUGAAAAUAGACAUUUAAAUAAAAAUAUUUUAUUAAGUUUAUUUUUGACACAUGAUAAAUGCAUACAGGUUGUAUCUAUAGUGGAAGAUGUGAUUAAAGUGGAAAAUUUGAGGUUUAGUAAAUCUGACCAAUACAAACCCCUACUUGUUCAAACCAACCUCAGGUGAGCAAUCUAAUCUAGGGCCAUCUUGGCCCUCUUGUUUUCAUACUGCCUUUGAGUUUGAAGAUGUUCUUCUUUAGUUUUUGCUUUUUGUAGCUGGAGGGUCACUUGCACCUUCUAUAAAUCUCCACAUUUUUCGAAGUAAGACAAAAAUCGUAUUUUUCUCGGAUCGCGAAAAUAUGUGACAUAUUACCGUUUCUGGAUAUAUUUGGAAUGUUCGGCGAUAUUAGCUAUUGAGUAUAAAGCCGAAACAUUCAAAUUUAUUUCAGUUUAAAAAUGAUAACGUUUUGAGUUAAAAUUAAGCACAUGAUUUUAGAUUUAUUUACCUUUUAAUGUUUCGUUUUAUUUAUUGAUUAUUUGAAGGUAGUUUUACGCUUAGAUGGAAAUGUAAAAGGUAAAAUAUUGAAGCUUUUUGCUUUACUUUACCUAGAAAAUCAAAAGUCCCAACGGAACACCCAACCUGUGAGUUUUGGUGUCCCCAAUUUUUGGUGUCCUAGGGAUCCCGGGACCCUGUUAGUGUCGAACACUGUCAGUAUUAGUCCUUGACUCUGUAUUGUUCUUUUUUAAAAUGUAGAAGUAUACAUUAAAGAGUUAAAGGUUCAA